CUUGCAGAUAUUAUAAGCCCUUAUACUGAUGCUGAUCCACGCAAAGCUUCAAAAAUUAUUGAUAGCUAUUUGAGGCAAAAGGAGUUCAUAGUUAUAGAUUUGAAUAAACUGAGAUCUGAGUCUUUCUCACUUCGAUAG